GAAGAGCAGAGAGAAGCAAUCAGACAGAAGAGGACAGGAAUGUGUCCAGACUCCAGACUGACCGCGAGCUGGGCGGGGAUCGGUGUCUCUGCGAGCAGCCAAUGAUCGCGCUGCGCUGCGCUGUCUCUCCGCGCUGCGUCCGCCUCACUCACUCACACUAACCGCUGGAGGCUCGCAGAAGAAGCGCGAGCGCGGGGAGGAUGAGGGUGAUGAUGAUGAGGAGGAGGAGGAUGAUGAUGAUGAUGAUGGAUGCAGUACCGUGCCGUCUGGUGUUUUUAGCGCUGCUCUUUGGAGCCAGGAUCCAGCACACUGAAGCCUUACAGUGCUACUGUCACCGGUGCCCGAACCACACGUGUGCCACGGACGGCCUGUGUUACGUGUCCAUCACUAAAUCCGGCGGAGUGACCACACAGCAGAGCUGGUGCAUCAGCGAGAACGAGCUGAUCCCGCGAGACCGGCCCUUCGUCUGCGCUCCCUCCGCCAAACACGACUCCGGCAUCUACCCCAUGUGCUGCGACACCGACUGGUGCAACAAGAACCCCGACCUCACCUCAUUCCCAGGUCAGACGCACCUUUACUUCUUCGGGGAGGUGUGGAGGGGCAAGUGGAGAGGAGAGGAGGUGGCCGUCAAGAUCUUCUCCUCCAGAGAGGAGCGCUCCUGGUUCCGCGAGGCUGAGAUCUACCAGACCGUGAUGCUGCGGCACGAGAACAUCCUCGGCUUCAUCGCCGCCGACAACAAAGAUAACGGCACGUGGACGCAGCUGUGGCUGGUGUCGGACUAUCACGAGCACGGCUCUCUGUUCGACUAUCUGAACCGCUACACAGUGACGGUGGAGGGCAUGAUCAAGCUGUCUCUGUCCACAGCCAGCGGCCUGGCGCACCUGCACAUGGAGAUCGUGGGAACGCAAGGCAAGCCUGCUAUCGCUCACAGGGAUCUGAAGUCCAAGAACAUCCUGGUGAAGAAGAACGGCACGUGCUGCAUCGCAGACCUGGGUUUAGCUGUGCGGCACGACUCCGCCACCGACACCAUCGACAUCGCACCCAACCACAGAGUGGGCACCAAACGGUAUAUGGCUCCAGAAGUGCUUGACGAUUCAAUAAACAUGAAGCACUUUGAGUCUUUCAAGAGGGCAGACAUCUAUGCCAUGGGGCUGGUCUUCUGGGAAAUUGCCAGCAGAUGUUCUAUUGGAGGCAUUCAUGAGGACUACCAGCUGCCGUACUAUGACCUGGUGCAGUCCGACCCGUCGGUGGAGGAGAUGAGGAGAGUCGUGUGCGAACAGAAACUACGGCCCAACAUCCCAAACAGAUGGCAGAGCUGUGAGGCUCUGCGUGUGAUGGCGAAGAUCAUGAGGGAGUGCUGGUACGCCAACGGAGCGGCCCGUCUCACAGCCCUGCGCAUCAAGAAGACGCUGUCCCAGCUCAGCCAGCAGGAGGGCAUCAAGAUGUAGAGCAUUCCUUUCCCAUCAUCCUUCAGAACCGCAUCACACGCAGCACUUUCACUGACGCCUGCCGCUCGUUUCUGCGUCUCGGUCUUAAACACGGACUCCUGAGGAUGAUGGGCCGUCACUCUCACUCGGAGCACCAGACCGCGUCAAACACAAGAAGGGUUCUUUUAUUAUUUAUAAGCGGCCGGUGGAUUUGAGUUUGGUUUUUCUCCCAUGGAGGUUUGAUUGAUUUGCACCUGGUGUUUAAUUUCCGCUUAUCACUGCAGUUCUUCAGGUCGGUGGGACUUUUAAUACACGUGUUCUGUUUUUGCAAAAACAAAACUGGACAUGACCUCAUUCAGUCCUGGCGAACAUGCGUGACAUAUGCAAUACAGAUGAAACCUAUCGACUUUAUAUUUUUACUGCUCUGCUACAACAACUACGAUGACAACCAUGCCUUCCAAGCCAGGUGUUACCAGCAAGUGCCACUGCUUUGAACCAACCAACUAACCAACCCACCCUCACGGUGCGCUGGGAUUCUCUUAUGCACACGGAGCGAGAGCGGGCCGCUGGUGCCGUUCUUCAUUCUCUCUGCCUCUCAUUCUCUUCACUGAGGGAUGUAAUAACUAUCAGACCUCUUCAUUUACAGCUGGAUUCACGGGAACGGGCUGCGAUCGGACGGCCGGUUACAGCGAGGUGCACACCACUGACGCUCGACGCAAGCCGGCGACUGAACAAGAACGAAAUAGCAUUACUGAAAGCUGCCCAGGCAUACAGUAUGAUUAGAGCGCUCUCGGCGUGCAAAGACCAGGUGUGGUUGAUAUAGAAUGGAUAUUUACUAAGCCAUUGGUUUUCCAACAUUUUGUGGCAACUUUUUCUAAUAGAAUGUAAAUGAGAAGAAAUGUCAAGGACUGCUUUGAAACUCUUUGGAGCGAGCCUUAAGGGACCAACGUGGAGCUGAGUGUAAUGACACGCUGGCUUCAGGACUGUGUGUAAGCCGGUUCAGAAAUGUAGCAGCAGUCGUGUGUGGAUCAGAGCUGGUGAGAUCGUGAAGGAAGAGCGAAGCUCAACUGCUUUCUCAAGGUAUCAGUUUCUGGUGCUUAUUUAAGCGUGCAACUCGAGAUUCUUAUUUCUCUACAUCCAUACGUUUGACACUUUCCCGCCGCUGAGUUUUCAGCGAUCUUUAUAGUCAGUCGUGGAAGGAAUCUUCAGUGCAAGUCAAGCUCAGUCCACAGCAUUUGUGUCGGAAUGUUGAUCAGCACAAAAUUAAAAAAAUGUAGAAGGAAAUGUAGAAAACCGCAAACGUCAUGGUUACGAUGAGGCACUUACAAUGGAAAUGAAUGGGGCAAUUUUUGCAGGAUUUAAAAGUGGAAAUUUUGUGAAAGCACUUCUAUUAAUUAUUCUGCUAAAACAUGGGUAUUAUUUGAGCUGCAAAGGAUCAUUUUAAGGUUUUAGCUGUUACAUUAUGACAACAAAGCUGUAAAAUUGGACAGAAAAUGUUUUUUUUUUUUAAAUACAAAAACAGUGAAUGUAUGUUGUUAUGUCUUGUGGCGGCUCAUUUGAAACUCCAUUGUAAGUACCUCACUGGAACGCAGAUUUUUUAAAGGAAAUACAUUUUUGUGAAAACCAACAAAUGCUGUCAGUUUAGUGCGACGUGUAUUGAAUGUGGAAUAUUCCUUUAAGAAGCGUGAACGAUGUCACGUGUUGAGCAGUAGCAGUGUUUUAGCAUGUUGAUUGCUCAGGCUUUCUGCUCUUCUGCUGGUCAAACUUCACUGCUAUGCAUCACGAGUCUCUGCUGGAGCACAAACCACACACAGACUCUCAGCAUCUCAUGCAGUUUACAGCAAUUACAUUCAUACAGCUCUUGUUUUCUCCUGAAAUGUGUUGGAAUUGCUCAAGGGAAGGCAUUUCCAGCACACUUCCUUUAAAGCGGAUUGAUUUUGCCAUGUAUUUCUCAGUGGUGCUGAGUCUGAGUUUGUUUGCCAGUCGCUCGGAUGGACAGUAGUGUUAUGAUGGAUUAUUGAUGCUGUUUCAUGCGUACAGUGAGUGGAUGAAUGACUCCUGCCACACAUUCAGAUGCACAAUUCCUCAAUGAAGUACUUUUUAAUGUGUGCGUAGGAUGCAAUGACUAUAAAUAAUGUGUACAUGUAUAUAAAUAUGUAUAAUGUUUGUCAGGCUGUGCCCAGUUUGUUAACAGAGAAAGUGUAAAUUAAACCCAGUUUCAGGAAAAGGGAGCGAUCCGGGGAAUCGACCGGCUCGUUCGAGGGAAUGAGAGUGUCGUUCAGCUUUCUUCAGCAAACACAGACAGUUCAGCCAGAAAUGAAAAUGAUCACUUAUUCAUCCUCAUGCUGCUCCAAACCUGUACGCUGAGCUCGGGGAGUGAGUUUUGGGGUUAUUGCAGUUCACUAAAACUAAAAUCUUUAAAAAAGAAAACUUU